AUGUUUAAUUCAAAUGAAAAUGUACUCGAAGAGAGACUUCCCUAAAAUUACAUAGAUGUCAAACUGACGCUUUGGAGAAAGUCAUCAACAAUCCAAGAUUUCAAAUAAUAUUCGUUUUUUAACACUAUUCAUAUCUAUAAUGAUAGAUUAUUGAUAUGCUAUUCACAAAAGACAGAAUUGCAUGGAAUCUAUAUAAAUAGAGAGAAAUUUACAAUUGAGGAGCACUUUGUUUUUUAAGGAGAAUAAUUUGACUAUCAAUUUGUGCAUCCUCAAACUUACUUUACUAAAAACUGCAUUUGGUUCAUAUCUUACAACAGAGCCACUUAAUAGUAAAUAUUUUAUGCUGAUUUACCAACUAAAACAAUAUUAUCUAUAAAAAGUGAAUACAAACCACAAUUUAGAAUUAAUUUCUCAUUUACGUAAAUAGCUGAUUUAUCAUUUUAUAUUUUUGGAGGCUUAGAUGAAUAAAUGAGACUGUCAAACUAAUUAGAGUUCUUUCAAGUUGCUUAAUGUGACUUUACCCCUGUGAAUUUCAAAGGACAACCUCCUUCACCAAGACAUAGUCAUCUAGCUUUUGUGAAUAGCAAUAAAUUAAUCAUAGCAGGCGGUUCUCAAUCAACCAAUUUAUUUGAAAGAACAUGCUUACAAGACAUGUACUCAUUAGAUCUAAAAACCUUAACGUGGACUCAAGUUAAAACAAACAUACCAAAAUCUAUUGCCUUUGGUCAAUAGGUUUCUCUUAAUCAAAACCAAUUAAUUUAUUUUGCAGAAGAAAACGGGCAAACCACUCAUUACCUGUUAUCAUUCACUGACAACUAAUGGACCUGCAUGAGAUCUUAGAAAGAAGUACCAUCAUAUAAAUAUCGAGCAUGCGCUUGUUUAGACAUUAAAAACAAUCAAAUUCUACUGUUUGGGGGAUACAACUUCCAGAAGAAUACUGUCAAUUGUAAUGUUAUUGAGAGAUUGUAAAUUAUUACCAAAGAUUUUAAAGAAUAAACAUUAUUAGAUUAUAAUGGAGACAUCAUCAACGUUAGUAAAUUUGAGAAACAAUUAUAAUAACAAUAACAAAAUCUCUUAUUUCAAGAAGACAAUAAAGACAAUGAUUAACAAGAAGAACUGACAUUUGAAGAGUUAUUAGAAUAGGAAAAACAAUUGCAAUAACUCCAACUUGAUGAAAUUAAAUAGGAAACCAAGAAAUCUAAUAAGAAAAACAAUAAAAAGAAAAAUAAAUAUAAAUCUAAAAAUUGA